UCAACCUCUCUAUAAAAGGACACCAAAAUCUAACACAUGUAUCACCAAACUCCAGCAGACAAAACCAAAUUACUCACUACAAACAUAUCCUAUCAAUAUCCUCUCCAAAAAAAAAAUAAAAAUGGUGACUGCCAUUUCAUAUGAUCCAAGACAAAAUCUCAACGUAAGAAAAGACCAACAUGGAAUAGUUGUAGUCGAAGAAAUUGAAGGCCUUAUAAAAGUAUGCAACAAUGGCCAUGUUGAAAGACCACCUAUUGUCCCAAAUGUUCCACCUGUUUCCCUGCCUGAUAUUACAUCCAAAGAUGUCAUUUUUCAUAGUCCUACUAAUUUAUGGUCACGAAUUUACGUCCCCAAUACUUCGAGGAAUAAAUUGCCUUUGCUUGUUUACUUUCAUGGAGGCGGUUUCUCUGUAGGUUCUGCUGCAUGGAAAUGCUACCAUGAUUUCCUAUCAACUCUUGCUUCAAAAAUUGGCGUUGUUGUUAUGUCAGUUAAUUAUCGAUUAGCACCCGAAAAUCGCCUUCCUGCAGCUUAUGACGAUGGAUUCCAUGCUAUAAUGUGGCUAAAGAAUCAAGCAAUGGUCAAUUCCAAGGAACAAUAUUGGUGGUCUAGUAAAUGCAAUUUUUCAAACAUGUUCCUUAGUGGUGACAGUGCUGGUGCCAAUAUUGCUUAUCACGUAUCCAUUAGGCUCAAUUCGAAUAAUAACAAUAAUCUCAAGCCUUUGUGUCUCAAAGGGCUUAUUUUAAUCCAACCAUUUUUCGGAGGGGAAUCGCGGACUCAUUCGGAGAAAUAUUCAGUUCAGCCUUCGUAUUCUGCUUUGAAUUUAUCCGCUUCGGAUACUUACUGGCGAAUGGCAUUGCCAGUGGGUUCGAAUCGUGACCAUCCGUGGUGUAGGCCAAGAUUCAAUAGUAAUAAUAAUAUGAAACUUCCGUCCGUAUUGAUCUGUAUAUCGGAGAUGGACAUACUCAAAGAUAGGAAUUUGGAAAUGUGUAGUGUACUGGCAGAUGCUGGAGUAAAAGUGGAAAAACAGGUUUAUAAAGGUGUGGGCCAUGCAUUUCAUAUUCUGCAUAAUUCUCCACUCUCUCAGCCAAGAACUCAAGAUAUGAUGUCUCAUAUGAAGGCUUUUAUCCAUAACCAAUAACUUAACGUAGUUAACUAGUGGUAGUAGUAUUAUUGAUUGGAUAUGUAGAAUGAUGAUUUAAUUAUAUUUGCUAUAUAUAUAUAUCCAGUGUCUAGUCUGCAG